GAGAAAUUGCGUAACUACACUACAACAAACGAACAGCCUAAACCUGUAGUGGUGCUGAUAAGUGAUAGUGGUCCCAACGAAAACCCUAGAUAUAGAAAAACAAUUCAAAUGAUGAUCGAACAUUUUGAUAAAUAUAAUCUUGAUACCAUAAUUGUAGUAUGCUUUGCACCACACCAGAGUGCAUCUAAUCUGGUUGAAAGGCAAAUGGUGCCUUUAAGUCAUGAUUUAGCUGGCGUCAUACUUCCACAUGAUACAUUUGGAUCACAUUUAGAUGCACAGCUAAAAACAAAUGAUGAAGAGUUAGAAAAGCGUAAUUUUAAAGCAGCUGCAGAUAUUUUAACAUCAAUAUGGGAAGAUACAAUUAUAGAUAACUACCCAGUUCUUGUUAAGUAUAUAGAUCCUCCUAAUGAACAUUAUAGCCCAAGUAAAAAAACUUUAAAAAACCAUACUAGAAAAUGUUUGCGUAAGGAAUCUAAUUUAUCUGUAGAGGCUGCUUUGAAUACUCAAGAAUUCCCAGUGGUGUAUGUUCACAACUAUCAUCAUGGUGAAUUCUUGGUUAGUAACGAAAGUAGUAAGACUAUAUGGGUGGAAGAAGAGGCAGUACCAGAAGAUGUGUUAGAAACCUAUAAUCAGCAAGUACAAGUUCAAGAAGAAUUGGUUGCAGAUAAA